UAGAAGGAGGAGUAGGAGGGCUGUAUAACUCUGCUUGUCUCUUUUUUUUUUUUUUUGCCACUUUCUUUGUUGUCCUUGUCGGAGUGCACAGUUAUAAAUGUAAAGUGAAACGCAUUUCUAAGCACUUUUUAAGGAGUUUCUAACUCAAGUCUCCGUCUCCGUUAGUGCAGCUUUCCUCAUUGACGAUGGGGGCGACUAAACAGUUAUUUUGUUUAAAUCCAACAUAUCACCACCAAGACAGACGCAAAUGGGGAUUCAAUUAACGGGAUUGGCAAAGUGCAAAUGAUUUUUGGUGCUGUCACUGAUGGCCAACCGGAGCUGACUGGAGGUUGACUUCCGCCCCCUCUGAACAUGCUGGCUCUGAGAGUGGAGCAAGGCAAGCGAGGGGGUGCUAAAGUCGAACAUCAGCAGAAAGGGACUGCUGUCGGAUGGCAGGACCAGCAGGCUCCUGAGCAGGGGUGUAACAUCAGACAGAGGAUCUCUCAGUGGGAAGGUCGCAGCCAGCAGGUGAACCCUCUGCCUGGUGAAGUUCUGAGCAAUGGAUAUUCAAACAAGGGCACACCUGGAGGCCUUCAUACUAAAGAUCUGAGUUUGGCUUCAGAUUUCCGGGAAUCCAAAACACAGUUACGUCACUGUGGGUUUUGCAGAAAGUCGGAUUGUAAUAUAGAAGUAUUAACCGCUAGCCCAGGAAAUAAGGGACGACAAAGACCCGUGUCUCCUGGUGUCCACGGUGGCCAAAAAUCACAAAACAUCUCGGAUGUUGGCGUUGUGAUGAAAAUUCUACCUCUGUCAGCCGACAGUCUGGAAGACGACAUGCCCACCGGGAACUUCUACAUGUCAAGGAGCUUCUGGCGGAGGCUUGAGGGGGACCGACUGUUCUGGGAAAAAAGCAGAAAGUCCUCAGGGGAGGUUCAGCCACCUCCCAAACCUCAGAGAACGUUCAAGUAUGAGGGAGACAAAAAUGACACGAGAAAGUGGAAGAAUCAGCCCGGUGGGAGGGCUCGAAGGGUAGCUCACCCGCCAAGCUUCCCACCUCCCCCAUGUCCUGUCACCAGGACCAACGGCCUUUCCAGGCAUAAAAGUAACAGGAGGUCCUUUGAGUACGAGGAUGCUGUAGGUCCCUCAAGGAAGGAAGGCAUCCUGGGAGGCAAGGCCAGACACGCUGGCCUUCAUCACGCGUAUUCUGAUGAUAAUAUUUAUGAAGACAUCAUCUGUGACGUGACGCGAGAUAACCCCUAUGAGGAAGUAAAGUCACCCAUGUGUCUUCCUAUCCCCAGACCUCACAGCCAAAAGCUCCAUGCAAAACCCCAAACCAUACAGGGCGACUCUUGCAAGGUGGAGAGGAUGCCACCGUCAAGACCCCCAAAAUCCUCAAUCGUCACAGACACCCCCAAGCCUGCAACACCCCAACGACGCAUAAGCACUCAGAAACUUUACAAGACACCUCAGUACGUGAAUAAGAUCGAAACCAUAUUUGACGACAAACGAGGGAGGAAGAGAGUGAAGAACCAGGGAGUCCCAAUGCGAGAGGAGACCAGCGGGACUGAAAGCGACGCUGAGGACGACAGCAAAGUAGGUUUAAGGAGAUCCGUUUACAAACAGUCGACACUAAAGCGUCGGCCAGGCUACCGCACCCUGGAGAAAGACCUGAUCCAGGCUCAGCAGCAGCAGCUCUUCCAGAUCUUUGUGGUGGUGUCUCUAAGGAAAGGCUCCCCGGUCAACAGCUAUUCUCCUGAAAUCACGCAACAGUUCCCGAAAAUGUUUGAGAAAUCAUCACGACUCUCAAAGGAAGCUGAGGAUCAGCUGAAGGUCAUUCCAAAGUUUUGCUUCCCUGACCCGCGUGACUGGAAGCCUUCUGCACACACACCAAGUGAGACCUUCUCCUUCGUCCUGACGGGAGAGGACGGGAGCCGCUGGUUCUGUUACUGUCGUAAGAUCCUGCCCAGUGGAAAGGGCAAGAGGCUCCCGGAGGUUCAUUGUGUUGUCAGCAAGCUGGGCUGUUUCAACCUGUUUGCCAAGAUUUUGGAGGAGGUGGAGCGGCGCAGAGAGAUCUCCCCGGCGCUGGUUUAUCCUUUCAUGCGCAGUGUGAUGGAGGCGCCCUUCCCGGCUCCUGGCCGCACGGUCACGGUCAAGAAUUUCCUCCCUGGCUCUGGCAAUGAGGUGCUGACUUUGUGUCGUCCAGUGGAUUCCAGAUUGGAGCAUGUGGACUUUGACAGUUUGCUCCAGUGUCUGAGUGUGAGGAGGCUCCUGCAGGUGUUUGCCUCCCUGCUGCUUGAAAGGAGGGUCAUCUUUGUUGCUGACAAACUCAGUGUGCUGUCCCAUUGCGGCCAUGCAGUGCUGGCACUGUUGUACCCGUUCACCUGGCAGCACACCUUUGUGCCUGUGCUUCCUGCCAGCAUGUUGGACAUCAGCUGCUCCCCGACACCCUUCCUCAUCGGGGUGCUGUCCCCCUGCUUGCCGCAGGUGCUGGAGCUCCCCAUAGAGGAGGUGCUCAUUGUGGAUCUGUGUGUAGACAAGUUUGUCACUCAGGUGGGAGAUGAGGACUGCAUCCUGCCCAGUAAACUACAGGCGGCGCUGCAACAGAUUCUGGAGGAGAGAGACGACAUUGUGAGGCAGGAGGAUGGAGACGUCACUGAAGUAGAAACAUCUGUCCAUCUUCCCAGUCACACACACCCCCACACACACACUUACAUGCAAGUCGCAAUCAUCCAGGCGAGGUGGUGGACCUGUGCUCGCUGGUGUCAGAGGCCUUCGUGCGCUUCUUUGUGGAACUGGUGGGCCACUACCCUCUCCACAUGGUCGAGUCGUCCGGAGGCAUCAGGGAGCUUCAACGAGACACCUUCCGCAAGUCUCACCCGUCCCGCGGCGUGCGUCAGUUCCUGCAACUCUUCAUGGACUCGCAGAUGUUCGCUGGCUUCAUUCAGGACAAAGAGCUGCACAAGGCCGCAGCGAGAGGACUGUUUGAAGUCAGAGUGGCUGAAUAUUUGGACUCUUCUCCUGAGCCAGAAGCAAGCGGGGUUAACAAGUUUCUGAAAGGACUGGGAAACAAGAUGAAGCUUCUACAAAUGAAAUGAAAACAUUUUAGUUUGUAGGUUAAAGACUAAUGUUCAUUUAAAAACAAAAAAAAAAAGAUCAUGGGACUCGCUACAACAAAUAGUAAUUGACCUCACUCGUCAACCUCAGCUUUUGUUUACAUUGUGAUGUCAAAUUCCUAACACGUGUACAAAAAUGUUAAAAUGGAGAUUUAUUGUCACAGUAAGUCUCACUCUUUCCUCCCAUUUAAACUGGAUUUGUACAUAAUUUUUUUGAUACUCCUACUUUGCAUAUUGUUCACAACCCUUGUACAGUAUUUUGACAGUUUUUAAAAUUAAAUCCUGAGGUGUCCUGCAUAAGCAGGCUCCAUGGACAGUAAAUGAUUUCCUGAUGGCUGUCUUUUAUUAAAAGUAAAGUACGCAGACGCACAAUGUUAGCAUUUAGAUGUUCACAUAUAACUGCAUACAUACAGCUCACGCAUAGAUAUACUGUGGAUAAAUACAUGCAAUACAUACAAUGCUAGCAUGCUAGCUAUUAGCAUUGUUGGCAUUUACAUUUUGUUGGGAUGCGCCCAAAAUUAAAAUAGGUAGCAGUUGGGGCUUUAUGUACGUA